CGUCUAUAUAAACGUCACUUCAGCACGUCGCAGUCUGAUUUAAGGACAUUAAACCUGGUGGUGUAUCCUGUGAGGUUGUUUAUUCCUUCCUGUUUACAUCAGUAAUGUCGUGUCCCGUGAAUCACGCGGCAGCAGAGUUGAACCCAGGCCUCCUCCCCAUAGACUGGCUACUGGGUGGCUGGGAGUCAGACGAGCCUGGAGAGGGCUGCUUUCCUUCCAUAAAACCUUUCCGCUACAAUGAGACCCUGCACUUCAGCCAUGUGGGACAACCAAUGAUAAACUUCAUGUUCAAUGCGUUCCAUGCAGAGUCUAAAAAGCCUCUGCACCGGGAGUGUGGCUUCAUUCGAAUGCAGCCAGGAACCAACAGAGUGGCGUUCAUCGUCGCACAAAACUCAGGUCUGGUGGAGAUUGAGGAGGGGGAGCUGACUGGGCAGCAGCUGAACCUGCAGACCCACGCUCUGGCCAGAAUCUCUUUUGCCAAGGAGCCACAUGUCCAGCAGAUUUCCAGAGUGUUUCAGCUCCGAUCAGAUGGAAAGCUGGAGCAGACAGUUUCCAUGGCAACAGACAACCAGCCUCUGAUGCAGCACUUGCACAUCAUCUACCGUCGGUCAUCUUGAUUCAUCACGCAGGCAGGCUUCUCAUGCAUAAAAAUAACUUUGUCUGGAAUGACAAAUGUUGCUAAAAAAAGGCUUGGUCAAUAAUCAGAGAUGUGUCAGAUAAACAUAUAAACAUCUCUAUAAUUAUACAGUAUAUCUAUAAUUCUAUACUAUGGUAUGUGGAAUGUUGUACAUUAUCCAUUAAUGGUACAUACAGUAAUAACAGGUAAUGGUUUAGGCAUGGCUGUGGGACAGAUGUAAGUUUUACUUAAUGGCCUCGUUUGGGAAACUAUACUUUUUGUUUGUUGGAGUUAUGUUGCUAUUAAAUGCCAUAUAUUUGAUCUUUGGGUUGGAACGCUUAUGAAGGAUGAUAUUGAGGACGGUAUCAUUUUUACAUAUCAUUGCACUAUUAUAAGUUUGGCAGCUAAAGUAACUGCUGUGCUUCUGGAGUCACUGUUUUGUUUGUUUAGAUCAGGAGCUUUAUUCGUAGACUGGGUGGCACUGAAUUUAAAGUUGUGUUUACAGCUACUUAAUAUGAUCCUAAUAAUAUAUGAUAUGGAACACAUGAGUUUCCCCCAUGUGUUUCAUGGUGUUUGGUUUAUGUCUUUGAAUGCAUAGGACCUUCAGUAUAAAAGAUCAAAUAGUUUUUCUUUUACUUCAUAUGUAAUUCUUCCUCUGUCCUUGUGGAGUUCAAAUUUGAAUGUCAUUUUCAAUAAAUAUUGAAAAAUAAAUAAUAAAUGUGUAAAACUAUGUGAAAGUUCAAA